CCUGUUAUUACAGGUUCUAAGUUCUGUCAUGGCGGCACCCAGUCGUCAAGCCGGUGUGUGCCUCCAAGAUGUUGAGUUUUCUGUCCGCUCGACAGUUGGGUUUGGAGGACCCUCUUCGCUUGCGUAGGGCGCAGUCCACACGGAGGGUCCUAAGCCUGGAGUUGAACAAAGACCGAGAUGUUGAAAGAAUCCAUGGCAGUGGGGUCAACACUCUUGACAUUGAGCCUGUUGAAGGAAGAUACAUGUUGUCGGGUGGUUCCGAUGGCGUGGUUGUCCUCUAUGACCUUGAGAACGCCAGCAGACAGCCCUAUUACACGUGUAAAGCAGUGUGUUCCAUUGGCAGAAGCCAUCCUGAUGUUCACAAAUACAGUGUGGAGACUGUUCAGUGGUACCCUCACGACACAGGCAUGUUCACAUCCAGUUCGUUUGAUAAAACUCUGAAAGUAUGGGAUACAAACACAUUGCAGGUGGCAGAUGUGUUUCAUUUUGAGGAAACUGUUUACAGUCAUCACAUGUCCCCAGCAGCCACCAAGCACUGUCUGGUAGCAGUUGGUACUAGAGGACCCAAGGUACAACUUUGUGACCUAAAGUCUGGGUCCUGUUCUCACAUUCUACAGGGUCACAGACAAGAAAUAUUGGCAGUUUCCUGGUCACCACGCUAUGAGUAUAUCUUGGCAACAGCAAGUGCUGACAGUAGAGUAAAAUUAUGGGAUGUGAGGAGAGCAUCAGGAUGCUUGUUUACUCUUGAUCAACAUAAUGGGAAAAAGUCUCAAGCUGUUGAAUCAGCCAACACUGCUCACAAUGGGAAAGUUAAUGGCUUAUGUUUUACAAGUGACGGGCUUCACCUGCUCACCAUUGGCACAGAUAACCGAAUGCGGCUCUGGAAUAGCUCCAGCGGGGACAACACCCUGGUGAACUAUGGCAAAGUGUGCAAUGACAGUCGGAAAGGGGUAAAGUUCACUGUCUCCUGCGGCUGCGGCACAGAGUUUGUGUUUGUCCCAUAUGGUAGCACCAUUGCUGUUUAUGUGGUUUACUCAGGAGAACGGCUAACUAUGCUUAAGGGACAUUAUAAAAGUGUCGACUGCUGCGUGUUUCAGUCUAAUUUCCAGGAACUUUACAGUGGUAGCAGGGACUGUAAUAUUCUUGCUUGGGUCCCAUCCUUAUAUGAACCAGUCCCUGAUGAUGAUGAUAAAGCUGCAACCAAAUCCCAGUUGAAUCCAGCGUUUGAGGAUGCCUGGAGCAGCAGUGAUGAGGAAGGGUGACUGUCAGCCCUGCUGCCUUCAUUCCUUGUCCAUCACACUUGCACAGCAGCAGCACCUGUGUGGACUUCAGCUGGGCCUGUUCUUUUGGUUAUUGUUGUUUUUGAGACAAGGUCUUAUUGUACAGCCCUGGCUAGCCUAGAGCUAGCCCGGAACUCUAUAUAGAGCAGACUAGGCUCAAACUUGCAGCCAUUCUCCUGCCUCUGCUUCCCAGGUGCUGGGAUUACAGGGUGUGUGUGUGUGUGUGUGUGUGUGUGUGUGUGUGUGUGUGUGUGUGUGUGUGUGUGUGUGUGUGUGUGUGUUUCGUUGUCUUUUAACUCUUCAAUUAGUUUCUAGCCUGUUUUAGUUU